ACUGUCCAAUCUUCCAAGCCGUCACAGCUGUCAGCCGCUCAAGCCCCGCCCCUCCUCCGUCCUGGACCAAUGGCCGAGCCGGAGACGAGUCCCCCGAGAGGGGCGGGACUGGGGCCGGUCAGGGGGCGGGGCCUCGCCGAGGACCCCGGGCUGGGCGCCUCUGCCGGUUCGUCUACCCUUCCCUUCAGCCGCCUCCUUUCAACCUUGUCCGCCGGUUGGCGCGGUGUCCAGCACAGCGGCGGCCGCUCCGGUUGAAGCUGCAGCUCUCGCCCUCCGCUCCGUCUCCGCCAGGCCCCGGAGUCCGCCCGCCAUGGCCCUCCUCAGCGCGGCAGCCCGGCUCUUGGGAGCCAAGAAUUCCUCCUGCCUUGUCCUUGCUGCCCGGCAUGCCAGUGCUUCCUCCACGAAUUUGAAAGAUGUACUGGCCAAUCUGAUACCUAAGGAGCAGGCCAGAAUCAAGGCCUUCAAACAGCAGCAUGGGAAGACAGUGGUGGGCCAGGUCACCGUGGACAUGAUGUAUGGCGGCAUGAGAGGCAUGAAAGGACUUGUGUAUGAAACAUCAGUUCUGGAUCCUGAUGAGGGCAUCCGUUUCCGAGGCUACAGUAUCCCUGAAUGUCAGAAACUGCUGCCUAAGGCUAAGGGUGGGGAGGAGCCCCUGCCUGAGGGCUUAUUUUGGCUGCUGGUAACUGGACAGAUGCCAACAGAGGAGCAGGUAUUUUGGCUCUCACAAGAAUGGGCAAAAAGGGCAGCUCUGCCGUCUCAUGUGGUCACCAUGCUGGACAACUUUCCCACCAAUCUGCACCCCAUGUCUCAGCUCAGUGCAGCCAUUACAGCCCUCAACAGUGAAAGCAACUUUGCCAGGGCAUACGCAGAGGGAAUCAACCGCACUAAGUACUGGGAGCUGAUUUAUGAAGACUGCAUGGACCUGAUCGCAAAGCUACCUUGUGUUGCGGCAAAGAUCUACCGGAAUCUUUACCGGGAGGGCAGCAGUAUUGGGGCCAUCGACUCUAAGCUGGACUGGUCCCACAAUUUUACCAACAUGUUAGGCUAUACUGAUGCUCAGUUCACAGAGCUUAUGCGUUUGUACCUCACCAUCCACAGUGACCAUGAGGGUGGUAAUGUAAGUGCCCACACAAGCCACUUGGUGGGCAGUGCCCUUUCAGACCCUUACCUGUCCUUUGCAGCAGCCAUGAAUGGGCUGGCGGGGCCUCUGCAUGGACUAGCAAAUCAGGAGGUGCUUGUCUGGCUAACACAUCUACAGAAGGAAGUUGGCAAAGAUGUGUCAGAUGAGAAGUUACGAGACUACAUCUGGAAUACACUCAACUCAGGACGGGUUGUCCCAGGAUAUGGUCACGCAGUGCUAAGGAAGACUGAUCCACGAUACUCCUGUCAGCGAGAGUUUGCUCUGAAACAUCUGCCUGACGACCCCAUGUUUAAGCUGGUUGCUCAGCUAUACAAGAUUGUGCCCAAUGUCCUUUUAGAGCAGGGGAAGGCCAAGAACCCUUGGCCCAACGUGGACGCUCACAGUGGGGUGCUGCUCCAGUACUAUGGCAUGACGGAGAUGAACUACUACACGGUCCUAUUCGGAGUGUCGAGGGCACUGGGUGUGCUGGCACAGCUCAUCUGGAGCCGAGCCCUAGGAUUCCCUCUGGAAAGGCCCAAGUCCAUGAGCACAGAUGGUCUGAUGAAGUUUGUGGACUCUAAGUCAGGGUAAAGUGGGAGACGGGGAAAUUGACUAUAAGAAAAUGAGGAAGCUUAAAAAUAAAGUAUAAUUUUGUUUUGUUUCAGGGGCCUUUAAGAGUUAAGACUAAACUGUCUGAGGCACUGAAAAUAUAUUUGAAGUUAAAAUAUAAAUUAAGAGUAAAGGACAAAAGUGACCCUCUUCCCUCAGCAGCUCACUCCCCACCUGGAUAAGUUGCCCCAGCUAUAGGAUGACCAGGACUAAUGCAUGUGGUCAGGGUUAGGUCUGGCUUCCCACCAUCUCUAGGGUGAGAUUCUGGCUCCUCUUUGUCUAGGUCAAAGCAGGUUACAGAAAAGCUGCAGUCACGCUGAAGAAGCGAUUGCUUCCACUCUAUCAGCCCUCCAAACCACGUCAGCCAGGGCCAGGCCCCUUUGUUUCCAUAGGAAUCAUGUCAGAUGUCAGCUGUAUCAAACCCUAGGGCCUUUUCCCAUGUAUGCAAGGGCCUCCUAGCAAGAUCUAUUGGUUAGCUGGAAUGCUUUGACAACUUUUAUGCUAUCCGGUGACCAUAAAUGGCAUAGUGUUUACUGUGACUGGUACCCAGCAUUUGAUCCUAUUCCUCCUUUUAAAUUAUACCAUUAAACUAAGGUCUGGGAGUACUCUGUUUCUUUCUAGACUUUAUACCUGCUGUGCCUCAAGCUGAGGACGCUCUGGGUCUCCCUGCCCUGGGCUCUGCUCGGGUCCUGUUUUAGCAGGUCUGUCUGAUCUGUGGUCUUCCCUGUUGUUUGGCUUUACCAGUACUUAAUGUGAACUAGGCCUUGUACUUCCAUGGAUAUAAGCCACUACCUUCCGACCUUGGUUUCUCCUGUUAAUAUGCUCUCACCAGAACAAGGGCUCAGGAGUGACCACCCUCUCCACGGUCUGCUCCCAGGGGUUCUAGCUGUUCUUUUUGAACAUAAAAGGAUUUGCGAUUAGACAGUGUCUGUUGAAUGUCAAACGGACCAAGGGCUGGGGGCAUUCAGUACAGUAAGCCGCCUUCCCAUCCACUGCGACAAGGAAAUGGUCUUUUAUUUAUCUAUUGGUGUCUCCCUUCCUCUUUAAGUAAUUAUUUUAGCAGCCCCAAUUGCACAGAUUUUCAGUGACUCAGAAUGCGCUACUGCCUUUUCUUUGAGAAAGGGUUGAGAUACACUCCUCUUGUGCCCCCUCCCUACCCCUAAACUCCUGCCUGUGUUCCUGUGGAACCCAACCCACCACACUGUUGAGAUGGACACACUGUAAACCCCUGGGUAACUGUUAAGUCAUGACGCAGACUUCAGGUUGUUCUGUAUAAAAUGAAAAAUAAUAAAUGUUUUUAUUAACAAUGCUCGA